UUUCCCAAAAAAAAAAAACAAAAAUUAACUUUUACUCAUCCCUUUUCUUCUUUUCUAUCCAAAAAAAACUAAACCUUCAACAACCACCGCAAGGUCAAACAGAUUAAUGAACCCCAGAUUAACGAGAAAACCACCUGAAAUCAACGUAUUUUCUAUACAUGUACAUUAAAAAAAAAGAAGCAAAAACCUAUUAAAAAAUCACUUAACAAAUUCACGAUGUACAAAAGAAGAAACAUGGUGAGAAAGUUAUUUUUUAGAGAGUCAUAGAAAAGAAUAUUUAAAAAAAAGAAUUCAAAGUUAUAACAUGUUACUAAAAAUGCUUAAAAAAUAUUUGUAAAUAACAGGGUAUAUAAUUAAAAAAAAAACAUUAUUUUCAGCCGAAUUUUUCUCGAAUUUUUCGCGGCUUGAUCAUAUUUUCCCCUCAGAAAUGAAAGCAAUUCCAUUUGAAUUAGAAUUCGAAUAGCAAAACAAAUAAAUAAUUAUUAAAAAAAAAACCUGCAUGAUUGAUUAAUGGGAAUGAGAUAAUUCAAGAAGAAAAAGACAAGAUACUGAGAUAGAAAAGAAAAUAUUUUAAAUUGUAGCUAUAUACUUUUGAAAAAAAAAAUGAGAAAUAUUUGAAUAAAUAUAUUGAAAAAGAAGAUAAUGAUAUUGGCAAUCGUUUGGCGAGUGUGAUUUAAUAUUAAAGAGGGUAAUAAAGCAUUGUAAUUAACUCUAUCGUUAUCAUGUAUUCUUGUAAAUAGCCUCUCUCUGGUUAAUCCCAUUUGAAAUGUAAAAAAAAUGAAACAGUUAUAAUUGAAAAAAAAGCUGAAAGUUUGUUACGAAAUAUUGUUAGUUGCAGAAUCUCUCAAACAAUUCAAAUUAAAUUCAGAAAUAAAAUCACUUCCAUUAGCACAAAAAAUAUUGUUUAAGUUCUUUGGUAUGACUUUUCCUCAGUAAAAAAAAAUUCCACUGAGCUUCUUCCACAUGUAUUUAAAAUGUUUAAUCCUUUGAAAUAUUUUAGUACUAGCUUUCUGAUUAGAUCGACCUUAAAAGCAUUGAAAGCUUCCAAAGCCCUAAAAGAAUUGAAAGCUUACAUUUACCAGAGAACGUCAUCAGUCUGAAAUAUAUUAUGCGAUUAAAUAAUGAAUUAUCUACGGAUAAAGCAUUAAAGACAAAUUAUGGGGCUAUCACAUGGAAAAAUUAGUUUCUUUUUAAUCUUAAUCAAACGUUUCAUUAUUUUUAGUUGAUUUCUUUCACUAUUACUGAAUUUAAACAUGAUUUUCUUAUUUUGCAUUCACUUCAUCUGUACUAAAAAUAGGAGAGUGUUUUUUAAACUCUAAUUUGGUACAAAGUAAAAUCACGUUUUUAAUUUUUUUCAAUCUAAAUCAAAGGUUUAAUUAUUUUGAGCAGAAUAUCAUUGCUAGCAGAGAUUAAUAUUAUUUAGCAAAUUUUAGCAGACUAAAAAUAGAAAACUUUUAGUACAGAGUUAAACCAUGUUAUUUUUUUUAAUUAUAAUAAAACGGUGCAUUAUUUUUAGCUGAUUUCUAUCUUUAUUAAUAAUUUUAAAUCCCAUUUUCUCAUCACUGAGAGAAAUCCGAAAAAGUUAAAAUAACAUUCCGGAAAUGUUAAUUUUACCCUGCAGUAUUGAUCCGAAAUCGGUGUAAAUAUUACCCUUUUUAGGUGUAUUGGGGGUUAAAGUUACCCUUUCUUCAUGUUGAUUUUACCCUCAAAAGGUGUAAAAUUAACAUUAAAAAAUGUUGAUAUAUUUUUACACCUAAAAAGGGUUAAAGUUAUGAAGAAAAAAAGAUAAUCGUACCCUCUUUUUUUCUCAGUGAUGGAACAUUCCAUUAGAUCUGUACUAAAAAUAUAUAUUUUUUAAAUAACUGUAAUUUAGUACAAAAUUAAAUCAUGUUAGUAUUUUUUUUUUCAAUGUAAAUCAAACGUUUAAUUUUUGACUGAUUUCCAUUAUUACUGAAUUUAAAAACGACUUUAGUAUUUUGCAUUUCACUCGAUCUGUACUAAAAAUACGAAUUUUUAUAUAACUGAAAUUUAGUAGAAAGGUUAAUCACGUUAAAAUUUUUAAAUCAAAAUCAAACGUUUAAUUAUUUUUUAGCCGUUGUUUUUUUAGAUCCCGUGUAAUUUUCAGCCUGUACCGCCGUCUCAGCGUUGGUGUCCAAUCAACGCUAAUAUUGAUACAAUGCUAAUAAUUUAAUUACUAUAAAAUUUAAAAAUAUUUUUUGUGUCUUACGUUUCAUUCAACCUGUACCAAAAGUAAAGAAACUUUUUUUUUAAAUAUCUGUAAAUUAGUACAAAGUUAAAUUACGUUAGAAAACUUUUUUAAUCUAAAUCAAACGUCUCAUGAUUUUAGUUAAUUUUCUACUUUUAUUACUAAAUUUAAACACGACUUUUAAUUUUGUAUUUUACUCAAUAUGUACUAAAAAAAAGAAACUGUUUUUUAGAUAUCUUUAAUUUAGUACAAAGUGAAAUAAUGCUACCUAAAUCAAAAUUGAGAUACUUGUAAUAUGUUUCCAAAUGCCCCUUAGUGCUAAAAAAAAACAAGCAGUUCGUAAAUUUUUUUAUCCUAUCUCAAAAAAUUUAGUACAUGUGGUAAAUUUUAACAUUUGCUGUGAUUUUUCAUAACGGUCGCCUUAGGGAUGUUUUCCAAUGAAAUCCGUAACAAACAUUGUCUAAAAUUUUAUUUAUAUUACUAAAAGUGUAAUUUGACGUAUUGAUAAAUACAAUUUGUUUAUAUCUUCUUGAAAAUUGCAAGUAGUAACGUCAGUUUUUGCGACUUAAAGUUUUUAAUACAACUAGAAAGAUAAUUCUGUAAAUUUUCAGGUAAAUCACUAAAUUUCCUUAUUAGAAAUAUUUUUCAAGAUUUUACUCAUUUUUAAAUGCUUUUGUAAUUUAUUUAAAGUCCGGUGUACUAAAUAAUAGAUUUGUCGUUCAUAUUUUUUUGUGAAACAUGGGACUGAACUCAAGUAAGAUGAUUCUUAAUCAUUCUUUUUUCAGUCCAGGAAGAUUUAUCCAUGAUUUAAAAUUAUAGGGAGCCAAUUUAGAAAAGAAUACAAAUAUAUUGAAAAGCAGAAAUAUGAAAUUUUCGAUGUUAAUAUUAAUGCCCAACGCACAAUAACUUUUGUUUAGUAAACAUGUUUUUAACAUUUCAAUGAGAGUGAGUGAGAUCUAGAUCUAGUCAUCUUGCUCACUCUCACAGGAAAUUUUGAAAACAUGUUUACAAACAAAAGUUAUUGUGCGCUGGUCAUAAUGAUCAAUCGCAUAGAAGAGAAGUAAAUAUUUUGUAUUCAAAGUCCAAAUACUAAAUUGAGGUGAUCUUUUUAUACAAAAUUAAAUUUCUUAUACUGCCUCGUGAAGAAUUGCUCAAAAGGAGUUGGGUAAUUUCCAAAAAACGAUAUGGAAUUAAUACUAUUUUCAUUAGUACUAAUUAGUACUAAUUCAUAUUACAAUGUUGAUAUGGUUAUUACCAUAUCCAUUCGUUUAAAUUUUCGUUGAUUUCACAGUAUUUAUUAAGGUAUUCUUUUGGUUUUAAAUAAUUGGUACGUAAACAUGUGUUUAUUGACUCUUUUUUUCUGAAUAAAUCAAAGGUAUAACACAGAAUUUAGUACAGAUACAUUUCAACCUUAAGCAAAAUUUAUACUGUAAAAAAAACAAACAUAAAAAUCGAAUGCAUAGUUUUUGUAUCUUUUUUGUUGACCAGAAAAUCAGACAUUUUUGCUACUUUUUUUUAAAUACAUUUUUACAUUCUUUAGUCCAAAUGCGUGUAUUAAAUCUUCAUAUUUUAAACAUUUCAAUUUCAUUAUUCAUAGUAGCAAGAAAAAGAAAACAACAUUCAGGCGAUUUAUAAUAAAAAUAUUACGGUUUUAUUGAUAUUUUCAUGUAAUUUGUACUAAAAAAAUACUGUACUGUACUAAAUUUUUAAAAAUAUUCGUUACAGAAUUAGGAUAUCUGUUGCCUGUAAUGGUAAUAACAAAAUUCAGGGGCGGCAGUAGGUAGCGUUCAAGAUUCGCACACACUAUGGCUUCAAACACUUUAUAUUUUUCCGUAUACUUUUAAUGAAUCUGGUCUGUUUUUUCAUGAAAUAUGUCACUUAAGAAAUAAUUUUAAUGAACAUUUUAGUACUAAACCUUUUGAUCAUCCCAAGCUCUUAUAUAACGUAAUAAUUUCAUGAAAAAUAUUUAUGAAGAUAAUAUUCAGAAUACGUUGUGUGAAAAGUCUCAAAUUUCCACGACUUCUCUUGAUGUUUACGUGUACUAAAAUAAAUCGGUAUAUUUAUUUCAUGAAUUUCAUUAUUAAGACAUUGAAUUACCAAGCUAGCGAUCUAUAAAACAAUUUUUAAAAUGCAUUACCUCACGAAAUUUUUAACUUUUAUAGUCAUGAAAUAUUUUAUUACACAUAUUUAUGAUAAAUAAUCCGACUUGAAUCUGAAAUUGUUGGAGUUUGUCAACGUAAUAUUCUUUUUAAAGAAUAUUGCGAAUAUUCAAUAAAAUAUUGAAAAAGAAAUGAAAUAAAAAUGUGAGAAUUUUUUGGAAAGGAGGAAAGUCAGAUCGUCAUAAAUAUCUCACAAAAUCAUAUUUCUAUUCCUUAAUUUUACAUGUUGCGAAAAACAUGAAUUCUCUGUGUAAGUUGGUUUUAGUACAUGUCUGUACUAAAUGUUGUUAGCGCUCUUAAUAAAUUUAUUAAAAAAAAACUUUCUUGAAAUAAUAUUUGAUUAUAAAUAAAUUUUGCUUUUUAGUAUAAAUAAACUUGGCCAGGAAGGCAUUGGGACACAAAUGGAAAAUAUACAAUGCCUAUAAGAUUAUUCAAUAUUGUCAUAAUUUCGAUUCAAUUUUAAUUUUACUUCUAUCAACUCAUAAUUUGUUCUCAAGAAUUGUGAAUAUCUACAACUUCAAGUAUCAGCGAAUUUCCUCCGAGAUAAACCUUCAUGUAAUUUAAUGAAAAAAGAUUCAGCAGGAUUAAUAAUAGAAAAUUAUAUAACAGAAUUGCGGAUUAAUCGAGAAUAAGAGAAAUAAAUUUGUUCAGUUACCAGAGAUUGUAAAAAAGUGCUUUUUUGUCUUGAAGACCAUUAUUGUACCCUCUCGAAAAAAAAGGAAGCACUGCAGAAGCUGGGAUGUGUAUUAAUUUUGUGUUGAAAUUAUUGCCGAGUAUUUGCUUCUCGACAAUCUCCGAUAACCUUAUCACUGAAAUUUUUCACUCAACUCGGAGUUAAAAUUGGAGCUGGACACGCAAUUAUCUUUGUGGUCGUCACCCUGUUCGAAGAGCCAAUUCCAUCGAUUCGAUGGAAUCGAGGGCUGAUCACUGUACUGAACACUUUCAGUAUCAAUCCGUUGCUCAGAGUGUUCGGUGGCUUUUUGGAGGAAAACUCCUUAUUUGUUCCCCACUUUUCUGCCCCAGUUCUUUGUUUUUCCUAAUCCCUCGUCUUUUUUUUCUUGCCUGUUCCUAACACAUUGACUGAUAAGACGUUUGGCUUUAUUGCUGUGUGAUUAUUUCGUUGAGGUCCGCGGUUUAUUUUGCUCUUGGGUGUGACUAGUCACUUUCAUCAAUCAUUGGUGAUUCUUUUGUGAGACUCAGGGUUUUCUGCCGUGCUCAGUUUUUGUCCCACCAGAAAAAAAGUCAUCAGCAAAGAUGAAGAUCGAGUGGGCUCCACUCAAUGUACCCUUCCAUCGCCGCAUGGAAACCCUGGCAGCAGCUGCCUGGAUGAUCCUCAUUCUCUUUGGAGAACUCAUUGCUCUCUUCUCCUACUUGGCCCUCCUCUUCAAAGGCAACAUCUACAUCCAAACACUCUGCGUGAUUUACUUCGUUUUCCUCUACUAUGACCGAGGAGCUGGUGAGAAUGGAGGUCGAGGUCAAGGGUCCAAGUGGGUAAGAAAUUGGACUUGGUGGUACUACUACAAGAACUACUUCCCAGUCAAUCUUGUGAAAACUGCUGAUUUGCCUGCCGAUCGAAACUACUUAUUUGCGGCCUUUCCACAUGGACUUUUGAGUUCCGCAGCUUUCACAAACUUCAACACCGAUACCACCAAUUUUACUAAGCUUUUCCCUGGUGUCAGGGCCAAGUUGGUCACAUUAGGCUUCCACUUCUACAUUCCAAUUUUCAGGGAAUUGCUUCUAAGUUGGGGAAUGGUUUCUGUGUCGGCAAAGAGUCUCAAUAACCUUCUGACUUGGCCAAAUGAGAAAGAUCAUCCACGAAAUGACGACGGAAAUACCUCAACAGCUUGUGUGAUUGUCGUCGGAGGAGCCCAAGAAGCUCUCAAUACGCGUCCAAACAACUAUCAGCUGGUCCUGAAGAAGCGCAAAGGAUUCGUCAAAAUGGCUCUAAGGACGGGGACAUCUCUAGUUCCAGUGAUGUCCUUUGGGGAACUCGACCUUUUCGAUCAACCAGCUAAUCCACCAGGAUCCCUUCUUCGCAAAUACCAGGAAUUCGUCAAGAGAGUUACAGGAAUUGCCCCUGCAAAGUUUAUCGGACGCGGUUUCUUCCAGUACAGCUACGGAAUGAUACCCCGUAGAAAGCCUCUGACCACUGUAAUUGGGGCUCCAAUUGCCCUACCCAAAAUCGAUGAACCCACGAACGAGGAUAUCGAAAAGUAUCAUGACGAAUUCUGCAAGGCCCUGACCGAUUUGUUCAACACCCAUAAGACCAAAUACAUCAAGGAUCAUGAAACUGUCCAAUUGACCAUUGAAUGAAUUCAAUCUGCUUUUGAGGAGCAGAGGAGACUCAUUUGUGCUCAAAAGUAGAGAAACACUGAGAUACUAUACUUAAGUGUGAGAGAGAAAACAUUACAAAAAAAAGUAUUUUUCUUCAUUUCUCUCCUAAUCUUCAAACAAAUUUACUUAACUAUUUAAGAAUGGAUCAACUCAUGGGAUUUUCGCAAUAAAGUGUUUAUUGUUGUACAAAA